GACCUUCAUCUCAAGUUGCGACGCUCACCUGUCUGCCUCAUUCUCGAAGAUUUACAAUUGCUUCGACUGUCGGGGAAGCGCUCGAGUCGCUGGCCGACCGUCUAGACUAGCCAGGCAAGAUCCCCGUCCUCUUUGCUGCUGGACUCCGGUCAGCACCCUACCUCAAGCCUCGCUUCACUUGCUCGUGCUCCUCGCAACUGUCGACAAGCCCAACGACCAGAAGCAAAGGGAUCAGGCCACCUCGACCGCAAGUAGAAGCAGUUCCAGCAUCACAUCUUUCUCACGCAGCGACAAGGUACCACGUCGGGGAGAAAUCACAGCAUCGCCAAACAAUGUCGAGCUCAGCACCGGCGCCAGCAUCGGGCUCCGGCUCUGGCUCCGACUCCGGCACUUCACUUCUUCCUCGGCUCUCGCAUGCGCUGACACGAAUCAACCGAACAGUGGCCCGCACGAUUGCCUCACCGCCUACGCAGCCGCGACGAGCGAGCGUGGCCAUCCUUAUCCGCGUCAGACCCCAUCCAGACGACGACGAGUGGCUCGCUGAGCAGUACGAUGGCGAAGGCCAGCCCCUGCCUGGGAGUGAGGCUGAGAGGAUCAUGCUGCAAAGUGGACUCGGUCUUGGCACUGCAGUGGACCAGAGCGCGCAUAUAGGCCGCCGUCCCCACGACGACGAAGCCCUUGGCGAAAGCUACGCCGGCCCAGAGACGAGCACCGACACGCUUCAGAAGAGCACCGAGACCUCGACCUCGACCUCGACCUCGGCAUUGUCGGCCGGCGAUGCCUCGUUCCUUGAAGCAAGUGGCCUCACGACGGAGAGUGCUGUCGAUCUCGGUGGACUAUCCACCGGCGAGCUGACUGGGCAAGCAGAAGCCGGGCGGCCUCAGCAGCCUCCCCCAGUGUCGCCGUCCUCGUCUCCACAGACGCUUCCUCCGUCCAGCGUCGACUCCCGAGGCUCGAGCGCUCCUCCAACGUCGCCCGAUGCUACAAACCAGACGCUGCAGCGCUUCUUUUCCCUCCCAUGGGUGCAACGCGGCACGCCCGAGGUCCUCUAUAUCAAGCGAGCGUCGCGUUCGGGCGACAAGUGGUCUGCUCACGUCGCCUUCCCAGGCGGCCGGCGUGAGGACGGCGACGAAAACGGAUUGUACACGGCCAUGAGGGAGACUUGGGAAGAGGUUGGCCUGGACCUGGCCGAGCGCGAGUUCUGCUGCGUGGGCCAGCUGGACGAUCGCGAGAUCACGACGAGCCUGGGAAAGAGGCUUCUCAUGGUCCUGAGUCCUUAUGUCUUUGUUCAGACAUCUCCGUUCUCUCCAAUCCCCGACCUACAGCCCAGUGAGGUGGCCUCUGCCCACUGGAUCCCUCUGUCGCUCCUCUACACUCCUUCGCCUCGCUGGGGCAUCACAUCGGUCGACAUUGCGUCUCGCCUGGCGCCAAAGUCGCCUGCUGUCCGCUGGGCCCUCCGUGCUCUCGUGGGCAAGAUGGAUUUUCGCUGCAUCCUUCUUCCAAAUACGCCCAUUGCCAUUGCUGAGGGACUCGAAGAGGAAGAAGGCGAGGACGAGGACGUAGGCAGCAUGGCCAUGAGUCCCACGGUCCGACGUGAAAAGGGUCUCGAUGACUUUGAGGUCUCCCUCGACGAAAACGGCCAGCGUCCAGAGCUGAGACUCUGGGGCCUGACCCUUGGCAUGACACUCGACCUUCUCUCCCACAUGUCCACCUUUGCUGCGAAUCCGUCCAACUUGCAAACGACCUCUGGAGAUGCUCGAGAGCCUUCCGACGGUGCACCAUUACCUGGUCUGGCCGAUCUCAUACGCGAGCCUGUCCCCACAGCUUGGAACAUCAUUGGCCACAUUCGCGACGAGCUCCACUUGAGCCCGCCACCGCAGGCCACGGCAUUGGCGCCAAGCAUGACCAGCGUAUUCCCCCGCUUCAGCUACCCUGAUGUCAACUUCUGGAUCUGGGUCUUUGGCUGGCGGUAUCGAACCGUCGUUCGAGGGUGGGAGCGUGGCAUUGGCACAGGCAUGGAGAGAUCCGUCAACUGGUCGGGAAUGGCCCUGGGCGCCUUUUACAGUGCGGUCCGACGUGCUCUCGUCGUAGCCAUUGUGCUGCGAGCCUUGGGCUUUGUGAGCGCUUUUGGCACCGCAGGAUGGCUCGUCGGCCGAAGAAUCCGAAGAAGGGCAAGGGGCCUCGAAGGCUGGGGCCUCGACGAGAUCUUCCCUUCCCUUCGCGAUGCGUGAUGGGCGAUUUGUCUACAUGCGCAACAAAGGAUGCAAUCAUAACUCGUUUCCCUCAUUUAAAGCAAAGCUCAGAUAGUGACAAAGACUUUGAAGCCACUGUUGCCAGGCUGAUUUACUCGCAAGCCUUGUGCCUUUAAGAAAUGGUCAGAUGGAGG